GCACUCAGCCUUCACACGGAAACCAGAGGGAAAGAACUGAUUUUUGAGGGGGAGAAGAGAAAGAGAGAGAGAGAGAUAGACUAAACCCUAGAUUUCUAUCUGACUGAAAGCAGAGUUUUUGGAUUUGACUAUCAGAUCCUAAAGAUAAAAGAAAUAUCUUGUAGACAAAUUUUCAUCAUUAUACACAAAGAUCCUGGUGAAUUGGUGUUGGUUUGCAUAGAAAGAAGCAAUCUUGAGGUUGGUGAAUUGGUGUUGGUUUGGAUAAAGAAGCAUUCUUGGUGUUGUUGAUUUUGUUAUAUGAUUUUCACUGAUUCUUGAUUGUUAGAUUGUUGAACAAAAGUUGGUGUAAAGAUGAUGUCCAGAUCAUAUACUAAUUUACUGGAUCUAGCAUCCGGUAAUUUCCCUGUGAUGGGCCGUGAAAGAGGCGAAAGAAAGCGCCUCCCACGGGUAAUGACAGUUCCUGGGGUAAUUUCUGAGCUGGAUGAUGAUCAAGCUAACAGUGUUUCGUCGGAUGUUCAGUCAUCUGUUGCCGUAGACCGUGUGAUUAUUGUGGCUAAUCAGCUUCCUGUAAAGGCAAAACGUAGGCCAGAUAAUGUAGGUUGGAGUUUUAGUUGGGAUGAGGAUUCAUUGUUUUUGCAUAUAAAGGACGGCUUACCAGAUGAUAUGGAGGUUAUAUAUGUAGGGUCUUUGAGAGUAGAGGUCGAUUCUAGUGAACAGGAUGAUGUUUCGCAGUUACUGUUGGAUAGGUUCAAGUGUGUACCGGCAUUUUUGCCUCCAGACAUUCUGGCCAAAUAUUAUCAUGGCUUCUGUAAGCAACAUUUGUGGCCACUUUUCCAUUAUAUGCUACCAUUUUCUGCCAGUCAUGGGGGUCGAUUUGACCGCUCUUGGUGGGAGGCGUAUGUUGCAGCAAACAAGAUCUUCUCACAGAAAGUUAUUGAGGUGAUAAAUCCUGAUGAUGAUUAUGUUUGGAUUCAUGAUUAUCAUCUGAUGGUUCUGCCUACUAUCCUGCGGAGGCGCUUUAAUCGGUUAAGAAUGGGUUUUUUCCUACACAGCCCCUUCCCUUCAUCAGAGAUUUAUAGGACUCUACCAUUGAGAGAGGAGAUUUUGAAGGCACUGCUGAAUGCUGAUCUUAUUGGGUUCCAUACAUUUGACUAUGCCCGGCAUUUCCUUUCUUGCUGUAGCCGUAUGCUUGGUUUGGAGUAUCAGUCGAAAAGGGGUUACAUUGGAUUAGAGUACUUCGGAAGGACGGUGGGGAUAAAGAUCAUGCCUGUCGGGAUUCAUAUGGGACAGAUUGAAUCUGUGUUGAAGUUUGCAGAUAAAGAAUGGAGGCUGGAAGAGCUCAAACAACAAUUUGCAGGCCAAACAGUGUUGCUUGGAGUAGACGACAUGGACAUUUUUAAAGGUGUCAAUUUAAAGCUUUUGGCAAUGGAGCAAAUGCUAAACCAGCACCCUAAGUGGCUGGGAAGGGCAGUCCUAGUGCAGAUUGCCAAUCCUGCUAGAGGGAAGGGCAAGGAUUUAGAGGAAAUUCAAGCAGAGAUACAAGCUAGCUGCAAGAGAAUCAAUGAUAAUUUCCGGCAGCCUGGUUAUGAACCCAUUAUCUUUAUUGAUAGACCAGUUUCCCUCAGUGAGAGAGCAGCAUAUUACACUGCAGCUGAAUGUGUUGUAGUUACAGCUGUAAGGGAUGGAAUGAACCUGACUCCAUAUGAGUACAUAGUUUGCAGGCAAGGAAUCCCGGGGUCCGAGUCUACUUCUGAUUCAAAUUCUCCCAAGAAAAGCAUGAUAGUGGUUUCUGAGUUCAUUGGAUGCUCUCCUUCACUCAGCGGUGCUAUUCGAGUUAACCCUUGGAAUGUUGAAGCAACUGCUGAAGCAUUACAUGAGGCCAUUUCAAUGCAGGAUGCUGAGAAACAGUUGCGCCAUGAGAAGCAUUAUAAAUAUGUCAGCACCCAUGAUGUUGCCUAUUGGUCGCGUAGCUUCUUCCAAGAUUUGGAAAGAACUUGCAAGGAUCAUUUCAGACGCAGGUGUUGGGGAAUAGGUUUGAGCUUUGGUUUUAGGGUUGUUGCACUUGACCCUAAUUUUAGAAAGUUGUCAAUUGAUGAUAUAGUGUCUGAUUAUUCAAGAGCUAAAAAUCGGGCAAUUCUUUUGGAUUAUGAUGGUACUGUGAUGCCUCAAACAACAAUCAGUAAGAUCCCCAGUCAGGAGGUUAUUUCAAUCUUUAACAAACUCUGCAGUGAUGUAAAGAAUACUGUCUUUCUUGUUAGUGGACGAGGAAGGGACAGUCUGGGUAAGUGGUUUUCUCCAUGCAAGAAUCUUGGUAUAGCUGCUGAACAUGGAUACUAUCUAAGGUGGCCUUCUGAUGGAGAAUGGGAAAUGUGUGGGCAGAGCAAUGACUUUGGGUGGAUGCAGCUAGCUGAGCCUGUAAUGCAGCUAUAUACUGAAUCUACAGAUGGCUCCUACAUUGAGAAUAAAGAAAGUGCAAUUGUCUGGCAUCAUAGGGAUGCUGAUCCAGGUUUUGGUUCCAGUCAGGCAAAGGAAAUGUUAGAACACCUUGAAAGCGUGCUGGCAAAUGAACCAGUUGCAGUGAAGAGUGGUCAGUUCAUUGUAGAAGUCAAACCCCAGGGAGUCAGCAAAGGUGUAGUUGCAGAGAAGAUCUUUGCAUCAAUGACUGAAAGGGGUCGGCAAGCUGAUUUUGUAUUAUGCAUUGGUGACGACAGAUCUGAUGAAGACAUGUUUGAGAUAAUUGGAGAUGCAAUGAACAGUGGAGUCCUUUCAUCUAAUACUUCUGUUUAUGCCUGCACUGUUGGUCAAAAACCUAGUAAAGCCAAGUAUUAUUUAGAUGACACCUCAGAGGUCAUAAUGAUGCUUGAAGCCCUUGCUGAUGCCUCUGACUCUGUACCAUCCUCGGUGGCUUUCACAGAAAGCUCGGACUGAAGUCUCCUUGACGGUCUUGUCUGAGUUCAUUUCUGUUCUUCACGAUCAUACAUUUUGAAGGAUGCUCUGGAAGCCUGUCAGGGACCACAAGUGUUCCCUUGUGGGAAAACAAUUGGAGAGUGGUUGAUCCAACUCUCAGCGUGAUAUUAUGGCUGUCAAGAGGUUUUAGUGCUGUCAUUGACGAUAGCAGGGGAAGUGUGAUUGAAACCCAGAUAAGCAUGUUAAGUUGACAACUCAGACAAGUGAAAGAUUUACAUGACUUUGCACCCGGAUGGAUUCAUUCGUGGGCAGUUAACAAAAUAAAGAGCACAGUCAAGAGAGUGUUGAAAUGUUCAUUUGCUUGUACAAUUCAUUUUUUCAUAUUGCUUCAGGCAGUCUUUGCCUCAGGCAACAGGGAAUUUUGGCAGCAGCGGUCUGGAGAACUGCUAUUCAGGGUUCUUCGUCAGAAAAAAGUGUAUACAGAACUUAUGUUUUCUUUUUGUUUUUUCCAUGUUACUUUUUCUUUUUCGGGGCAGAGUGACAGAUUCAUUGACACCAAAUUUAUUGAACCUGUAUAAUUGUAAAUGAUAUAGAAAAUUUUGGUCUCGUAUUCUUCCUCCCUUUUCUUGUAAUAUUGGAGGGUUUCAUUGAAUCAAA